AUGGACAAGAAACUUUCCUCUGACUCGAUGAAUGGCGAGAGUUUUGACAAGCGUGUUCGACAACUGCGUGGUCCGAUUGUUAUUGGGCGUGCUCAACAUGGAAUUGUUAAAUGGUUCAGUGUAGCCAAAGGGUAUGGGUUUAUUCGUGUUGAUGGUUCGGAAAAGGACUGCUUUGUUCACGCCUCCGCCAUUCUUCGUACAGUUAAUGUGCCUCUUGCUCUGAUUGAGAAUCAACAGGUGGAGUUUGAUAUAAUUGAGGGACUGAAAGGCCCUGAAGCUGUUUGCGUUUCUGGCCCAGGUGGUGUUCGUGUUGGAAAGACUAUUGGUUAUAUGUAUAAAGGUACUUUCUACCAUACAUAUCCGCGUUUCCGCCAACCACCAAUGUUGCCUGUUCGUUAUCCUGCUGGACAACGCCACAACAACACUGUAGAGCACAAACAAAAUAGCAAUAUGGGGAAGAAGGUGGAUGCUGGUGGCGGUCGUUCAUGA